AUGACGAUGGGCACAGGGGGCCCCGUGGCCUCGUUCUCUGUGUGGGACUAUGUGGUAUUUGUGGGCACAGUCCUGGGGGCAGCUGGCAUUGGCCUGUUCCAAGCCAUCCGGGGCCGCAAGAACAACAGCAGCGGUGAGUUCCUGCUGGGGGGCCGUCAGAUGACAGCGGUGCCCGUUGCCAUGUCCCUCACUGCCAGCUUCAUGUCUGGCAUCACCGUGAUCGGCACACCAGCCGAAGCCUAUCGGUUUGGGGCGGACUACUGGAUCUUUGCCAUCUCCUAUGCCAUCAUGUCCAUCAUCACCGCCGAGAUAUUUGUCCCUCUCUUCUACCGCCUGGGCAUCACCAGCACCUAUGAGUAUCUGGAGAUGCGCUUUAAUAAGUUGAUUCGGGUGAUCGGGACAUCCAUGUACAUCACACAAACGGCCCUGUACACUGGUAUGGUCAUAUAUGCGCCAGCUCUCGCACUCAAUCAAAUCACAGGGAUGAACCUCUGGGGAGUGCUGGUGGCCACUGGGGUGGUGUGCAUCCUCUACUGUACCCUGGGAGGUCUGAAAGCGGUGAUAUGGACAGACGUGUUUCAGAUGGUGAUCAUGUUAGCAGGUUUCGUGGCUGUCAUCGCAAGGGGGGCUGUCAUCCAGGGGGGCCGGAAGAUCUGGGACGACUGCUACCAGGGAGGCAGGCUCAGCACGUUUGAUUUUGAUCCAGACCCUUUGAAGCGUCACACGUUCUGGACGAUCGUGGUUGGUGGCAGUGUAAUGUGGGUGUCCAUUUACUCCAUCAACCAGUCACAGGUGCAGCGUUACAUCUCUUGCAAAACCCUAACCCAAGCCAAACUGUCACUGUAUGGGAAUAUAAUUGGUCUCUGGUUGACUGUGAGCUUAGCAGUGUUCUCCGGCCUCACCAUGUACUCCAUUUACAAAGACUGUGAUCCAUUCACUAACGGUGAUGUAGGGGCAGUUGAUCAGCUGCUUCCUUACCUGGUGAUGGACAUUCUGGCAGCCUAUCCUGGAGUCCCUGGAUUGUUUGUGUCUGCAGCAUACAGUGGCACCCUAAGUACUGUGUCCUCCAGCAUCAAUGCGCUGGUGGCUGUCACUGUGGAGGACUUUGUCAGGCCAGUGUGGAAAAACCUGACAGAGAAACAGGUGUCCUGGAUCAACAUGGGCCUCAGUAUUUUCUUCGGGUUUUUGUGCAUUGGGAUGGCUGCAAUAGCUUCACUGAUGGGAAGCAUUUUGCAGGCAGCACUGUCCAUAUUUGGAAUGAUAAGUGGACCUCUUCUUGGACUUUACGUACUAGGCAUGUUCUGGCGCACAGCAAACUCAACAGGGGGACUCACAGGACUGAUUGUGGGCCUUGUUAUUACACUGUGGGUAGGGAUUGGUGCGCAGAUAUACCCACCCCUAGCUGAUAAGACCAACCCCCUGCCAAUCAGUGUGGCAGGCUGUAACCGCACACAGGACCUGAACUACACCACCCUGGCCCCAUGGACCGGGGCAGUAACACUGACCCCUCUGCCUGAUGACCGGCCAGCUCUGGCAGACUCAUGGUACUCCCUGUCCUACUUGUACUUCUGUCUCCUGGGCAGUCUGGUGACUGUGAUCGUGGGCCUGGUGGUAAGCGCUAUCACAGGUGGUUGCAAGCAGGAGAAUCUACGCUUGGAUCUCUUUGUAAGGAGACGUGAUCUAUUCUGCGCUGGCUGUGGCAAGGACUCAGAGGCAUUAGACUCUGAGAUAAAUGAAAAGGUUGGAUCGGAGCUGAAGAAUGGAUCAAACAACGCUGGAUUCAAAGACUCUCAGUUUAACAUUGUGGAUAAGGAUGUGGAAAAGGUCACUAAAAUGUGAUGCUGUCACCAAGCUAAAUACACUCUGUCAACUGGAGUGCUCCAAGAGAACAAUUUGUCCUCUCACAUUUCCAUUUUAGUUUUAUUGUAAUGAAAUUCAUUGCUAAGAAAGGAAGCCCGAGUGUGUAAUUACGCAGAUGAAGUCCCUAAUCAGCAAAUGUGUGUGAAGAACAAGAACAAAGGACUAGCAUUACUAACCCCAUAUUCAACAGGGUCAAUAUGAACCGUGGGUUCGACAAAACAGUCAUGUUAUUUUUAUGUAUUUAUUUGAACUCAGCUGGGCUUUCAAUUUCUUGCUGUCGAGAGUUGUAAUAGUAGAGAAUGCACAAGGCACCAAUUCAAAAUGUGUUAGUGUAUGGGCAGUUUUCCUCUUGCUAUUUCACUCACUGACAGACUUUAAAGAGCCAUUUAUAACCUGUCCAAAAUGUCCAGUUGAUCAACUAGGUAGCCUAUGGUAGCUAGGUAGGUAUGUUAGGCUAACCAGCUAUCUUAUAGUUGUAGUUAUCAUGGCCAGAUUAAUUGAUCAGGGACCUCAACCCCAAAGCGGCCUCCUUUGUUUUUGUUGAGUCACUAAAGUAUCAUGUGAACACACAUAUGACAUGGCAAAAUGUCUAUAAUUGGAGGAAAUUAGCUUUAAAACUGCAACAACAACAACAAAAAUAAAUCGCCUACAAGAGGGGUGUGAACAGUUUGGGGUCGAUGGGUUGUGAGGUGGGGGUUUAUGACUUUUCAACAUUGUGUUAAGAUGAUAGAUAAAAUAGGUUUAAUUAAAAAUACAUAAAUUAAAAUGUACAUCUAACCUACUUGUCACUACAAAUAAUGGACUUGUAAUAUGAGCAUAUGCAGUUGAUAUGUGAUCAUGUUUAUUUUGUGUUUUACAGCCCUUUAGGCUGAUACAAUACAUUUGACUGUAUAUUCAUUUUGUGGCUAUAAAGAUUGUGCUGAAAUGUA